AUGACCAGCAUUGUUCCCGAGGAAGACCCGGAACCUAUCAGUUCAAAUGUAAAAGAUACGCUAAAAUGCAAAACCCCUUGGGCAUCGAUCUAUCUCGCUGGAGCUUGUGCGUUUGUUCAAGCUGUUCAAUUUGGCAUAUUCACUAGCUCAAUGUGGCCCUAUUUGAGGAAGCUCAAUCCGCAAGCCAUCGAAACGGAGUUCGGGUAUAUUCUCGGGUUAUACAGUUUUGCUCAAUGUAUAUCGGCACCUCUAUUCGGGUAUUGGAGUAAUAGAAUAGAACAGGUUCGCUUGCCUCUUCUUGCGGGAUUCGCUUUCAUGAUGGCUGGGAACUCAUUGUAUCUUUUCCUAGAGAACGUUCCAUCAUCAAAUGUUUUCCAUGCAAUGAUGGUGGCACGAGUUGUUGCUGGAUGUGGGACAGGAAACAUGUCGCUUCUCAGAGCCUACGUAUCGAUGUCGUCGUCACGAAGUGAUCGGUCCCGUGCUAUCGCGUGUGUUAGUGGUGGAAUCGCGAUCGGUACUCUGGUAGGGCCAGCAUUUCAACUGCUAUUCACACCUCUCGGACCAGAUGGCAUCCGCGUUCUACCAUUUCUUUCUCUAAGUAUCUAUAGCGCGCCUGCAUUAUUCUCAUUAGUAUUGAACGUAGCUGGAAUGAUGGUCAUCCUCUUCGCCUUCAAGGAGGACUAUACCGUAAUGCAUGCAGCAGCAUCUGCAAAGGUAUACUACACAAUGUUCGUACUUGUGUUCGGAUUCGGAGUCUCUAUAAUGAACAUAGCUAUCACAACAUUGUAUUCAGAAGUUAUCGGACCACGACGUCAG